GGCGGCGGGUAUGGUGAUGGUGGAGGAGGAGAUUUGUAGUAGUAUGGUGGCGGCGGUGAUUUCUUGGGUGGUGGUGGGGAAGAGUAGUGGUACGGUGGUGGAGGAGAUGGCGACGGUGGAGGAGGAGAUUUGUAGUAGUAUGGUGGCGGGGGCGAUUUCUUGGGUGGUGGUGGGGAGGAGUAGUGGUAUGGUGGAGGAGGAGACGGGGACGGUGGUGGUGGUGACUUGUAGUAGUACGGUGGAGGAGGAGAUGGAGACGGUGGUGGAGGUGACUUGUAGUAGUAUGGCGGCGGCGGUGAUGGGGACGGCGGAGGAGGGGAUUUGUAGUAGUAUGGAGGAGGAGGAGAAGGUGACGGUGGUGGGGGAGAUUUGUAGUAGUACGGUGGUGGAGGUGAAGGUGACGGUGGGGGUGGAGAUUUGUAGUAGUAUGGUGGCGGCGGCGACUUCUUGGGUGGUGGUGGAGAGGAGUAGUGGUAUGGUGGAGGAGGAGAUGGAGACGGCGGUGGAGGAGACUUAUAGUAGUAUGGAGGUGGAGGUGACGGGGAAGGAGGAGGAGGAGACUUGUAGACAUAAGGUGGCGGUGGCGACGGUGAAGGAGGAGGAGGAGAUUUGUAGUAGUAUGGUGGCGGUGGUGACGGGGAAGGAGGAGGAGGAGACUUGUAGACGUAUGGUGGCGGUGGCGACGGUGAAGGAGGAGGAGGAGAUUUGUACUCAUACGGCGGAGGUGGCGACGGUGAAGGUGGUGGCGGUGACUUGUAGACGUAAGGUGGUGGUGGAGAUGGUGAAGGAGGAGGAGGUGACUUGUAGUAGUAUGGUGGCGGUGGCGACGGCGAGGGAGGAGGAGGAGACUUGUAGACGUAAGGCGGAGGAGGCGACGGGGAAGGCGGCGGCGGCGACUUGUAGACGUACGGCGGCGGAGGGGAAGGAGAAGGAGGUGGAGGGGACUUGUAGAUGUAUGGUGGCGGAGGAGAAGAGUAAACAUAUGGGUCUCCGGCCACAUUGCUAAUACCAAUUGCUACAAAAGCCAAGGCUAAUGCCAAGGCUAGUUGCGGCCACCGGCGGCCGCCAGAAGAGGUCGCCAUUUUUUUGGUCGCCGGGAAGUGGAAGGGGAAGUGGGUUUUAG